AUGACUUACACCUACAACUUCUUCUCUAAUUACACAGACUACCUCGGCACCAACAUCGAAGCUGGCGUCGCAGCCAAGUCGCAUAAAUUGACGCAAGAUAAAAUCCACGAGUACGAAACGGGUUCGAAACUCGAACUUGCAGCUUGGUAUGCAUACACAGCACUCAUUUGGUCUCUCAAGGGAACGAUGCUAUGUUUCUUUUCGAGAAUGACGAUUGGGACGUGGCAUAACAUGUUUGUCAAGACUGUGUCGAUCCUGUGCGCUGUAUCUUACCUUGCUGUCUUCCUCACCAUUACCUUUGGAUGCUUCCCGACUCAGAAUAACUGGCAGGUUGUGCCCGAUCCUGGAGAGAAAUGCUCCUUCAAAAUGCAGAACUUCCUCGUAACAACAGUUCUUAACGUUCUGUUCGUCAAGCCCCCUCAUUACGUAAACCCUUCUAACUCUCCCAGCACCGACGCUCUCAUCCUCGGAAUUCCAAUGCCUCUCCUCUGGAAACUCCAAGUCCCCAUUCGCAAAAAACUCAUCAUCGGUCUCCUCCUCUCGUCAGGAGCCUUCGUCAUCGACGCAGCGAUAACCCGCGUCGUCCUCACGCUCUCCGCAAACCCAUCUGCACUAACAAUCAACGCACGGGGUGUUCGAGAAACCAUCGUUGGAAUUCUCACCGUCAACAUUCCCGUUCUUCGACCGAUCUUCUCAAAGUCCUUUUGGAAUGGCAAUGCUCCAAGUGAGAUUACUUCAUCGUAUCGUACGACGACUCAGGGGACGAGGGGCGGUAAUAGGACGCUCACGCAGGAUAUCUCGGGGCCUUAUGAACUGACACCGAGUAUCAAUGAGGGAUCGAAGCCGAGUUUUAGAGGGAGCCAGGACUCGAUCGUUUCCAAGACUGUGAGGAUGGCUGAUAUUGUGGUCUCCAAGUCGUAUCAGGUCAGUCAUGAUGUGAAUACCUAUGGUGGGAGCUCAUGGUAUGGAGAUAGAAAUGGAGCUUCGAAAGCUUCCGUGCAUGCAGAAUCUCCAGUUUAA